UUCUCUCUUGGGCUGGCAUCUGAGCAUCAUGGGAUCUUGGCUGGCUUGUGAGGAGCAAGAAAUUUAAUCCUAAACUCUGAGCUUCAGACUCCUGGGUUUCACAUCCUCUACCUCUGAAGGAAAAGACGCCUGACUUCCUCUUUGGUAGGAAACAUGGUAGACUUUCCCUGGGAAGGAAGACGGGUCAGGAUUCCCGACUUCACCCACCUGAUUGACCUGGCAUCUGAGAACAUAGGAGGCAAGGUUUUAUUUUCAACAGAUGACUUUUUUGCUCCUGCAGAAAACCUUAUAAAGAGUGAAAGCCCAAUAUUUAAAGAACAUGAAUAUACUGAGUUUGGGAAAUGGAUGGACGGAUGGGAGACCAGGAGGAAAAGGAUUCCAGGUCAUGAUUGGUGCAUCAUCAAGCUGGGAGUACAAGGGACUAUCCGGGGCUUUGAUGUGGACGUCUCUUACUUCAUAGGAGAUUAUGCUCCUCGAAUAUCCAUUCAAGCAGCUAACCUCGAAGAAGAUAAGCAACCACAAGUCCCACAAAGAGGAAUCAGGACAGGAACCGCAGCUAGCCCUCAGGAAUUUGAGAUCAUUGCUAAGCUAAACUCCAAUGACUGGGAUUACUUGGUUCCCAUGACAGAGCUAAAGCCAGGAAAGCCUGCUUCCAGUCACAAUUAUUUUGCUGUUAAUUCUCAGCAAAGAUGGACUCACAUAAGACUCAACAUUUUCCCAGAUGGUGGAAUAGCACGUCUCAGAGUGUAUGGUACUGGACAAAAGGACUGGACUGCAACUGACCCCUCGGAACCAGUAGACCUAGUGGCUCUCUCUUUUGGGGGUACCUGUGUGGGAUUUAGCAAUGCACACUUUGGGCACCCAAAUAAUAUGAUAGGAACAGGACCGGCUAAGUCCAUAGCAGAUGGCUGGGAAACUGCAAGAAGGCUGGACAGACCCCCUAUAUUAGAGAAUGAUGAGAAUGGCAUUCUCCUUGUUCAGGGUUCUGAAUGGGCAGUAUUCCGACUGGCACACCCUGGAGUAAUAACUCAAAUUGAAAUUGAUACAAAACAUUUUAAAGGGAAUUCUCCAGAUAGCUGCAAGCUGGAUGGCUGCGUCUUGACAACACAGGAGGAGGAAGAUAUGAUCAAGCAAAAGUGGGAUCUUCCAGGUCACAGGUGGAAGCCACUGCUCCCAGUCACAAAGCUGUCUGCCAACGAAAGCCACAUGUUUGACAGCCUGACCCUUGAGCUCCAGGAUGUGAUCACUCAUGUGAAGUUCACGAUCAUUCCAGAUGGGGGCGUGAGCCGCCUCAGACUCAAGGGCUUCCCCAGCUCCAUUUGCCUCCUGCGCCCUCGGGAAAAGCCCAUGAUGAGGUUUUCAGUUAAAGCGGGGUUCAGAGCGAACCUUUAGUCCCAUUCAAGAUCAUGAGCUAUUACUUGAUUGCUGAAUCAUUCUUUAAAGUGUUUUACACACCUGCACCUUCCUGGUGAUUUAAUAAAGUGGUCACUCUCAUUA